AUCCAAUGACAAUAUGUGUUGACGUCCACAAACGCUGUGAGUAAAUGUAUCGUUGAGAAGUAUUCAUAAGAAAAAAAGUAAAAUUUCACGAAGAAUGUUUAUAACGUUUUAGUAGCGGUCAUGAAGAGUUCUAUCUUUUUCCUAAUAUUAUUUUGUUGCAUGGUAUGCCAAGGUCAGGAAACAUUGCAUGUAUCUAUAGGAAGCACUUUUAUACUAAAUUGCUCGAACGACACUUCUGGAAUUUUCCACUCGUUAGUGUGGUCCACAUCAGCCAUAAGAAAUGGCAGCAUGAGAACGGCCUACGCUUAUUACAGCACGGGUGAAGAAGUAACCAACGAGCGAUUCCAACAUCGGCUAAGGAGAUAUAAUGGAGCAUCUAUCCAAAUUAAAAAUGCACAACGAGGAGAUGCGGGGAAAUACGAGUGCAAUAUCUUACAGCUAUAUAAAGUUCAAGAUGAGGGAUGGGACAGAAAUCGAUUAAGAGUUCGUGUUUUAUCGGUUUACAACGUGAUUAUCGUUGACGGGCCCCCAGUGAUAACGAAGACGUCUUCGCCAUCGCAUUCUUUUGCAACGUCAGCAGAGGGUAGCAUUUUUUGUGAUGUAAAAGGUACAUCUCCCUUUAACAUAACAUGGUUCAAGAUAGGUGGAAAAAUAACAACAAGACAAAACGUUAAAUUUACUGAAUGGACAAAAGUGAAAGACGGUGUGUAUAAGAUGCGUAAACAUUUGAAAUUUUUGAAGUUUUCUUCAUCAAAUGUUGGAAAGUAUGCGUGCACAGCCCAAAAUAGUGUUGGGAAAGUGUCAAAAAUCAUCGAAGUAAAGUUACAAGUUCAUCCGCAAAUAAUGAGUCCAAGCUACGUGUUGGCCAAUACUGGAAAGACUGCUAAUUUGAAGUGCGCCGCAGCUGGAUACCCAAGGGUUCGUUUUAGGUGGGAAUUCUCUACCCACAAUUUCAAAAGAGUAUCUCUAAAACCUACUCAAAAAAUUGGUCGUUACCACGUUAUGAAGACCGAACAUAUGGGCAAUUGGUCUUCAUCUGUUCUUCGAAUCAGUAGAGUGCAAAGGCAAGAUUGGGGCGUGUAUUAUUGCAUUGCAGAAAACAAAGCUGGUUUCGAUGAAAGAGAAAUUCGACUUGAUGGUUUCUCUGUUCCUGACACACCUUCCAUGUUACACGCGGAGAAACGAACAACUCGUUCCAUUAAACUCAGUUGGAAGUUAGGCAACAAUGGUGGAAAACCAAUCAAAUUAAUCGCAUUCGAGUUUAAAAAAAGCAGAUCGAUCAACUGGAAAACACUGCAACUCUCUGUCGUCAGCGAAUACGACGUUUUAAACUUAAAGCCAGCCACGUUUUACGAUUUUCGGUUAACAGUGAUAAGUGAUAUAGGAGAAAGUAAACGAAGCAAUAUCUACAGUGUAAAGACAUUGCCAAAAGUAAAAUCAUCACCUCAAAACUCUGAAAAGAAAAUUAUUUGGGGAUUAAAUCUUGUGGCUGUGGUCGGCAUCUGCGCUGGAGUGCUUAUCUUUCUUACUUGUAUCGCGUCUUGUAGUUGCUUUAUUUAUUUCGAAAGAAAACAUAAAAGAAAAAUGAUCAGAAAAAGACAGCUCGAAAAGAAUGAGAAUCAAGAAAUGAAUCAUUACCUGAUCACGUGAUCGCUCUUUUUUGUGGCGGGAAAUGAAAUAUAUUAACAUUUAACUGUUUAGAUAAACGUAGGAAAUUUAUUCAAUCCGCAGAGUGGCGGACAAUGGAACGUUUAAUGUUGAAUUAGGCCAGUAUUAUAGAUAACCAUAAAGUUCCUUCUUGUAUAUAUGUUACAUUUUUUAUAUUUUUCUAAAUGUUGUACAUAUUGCUUUAUCAGAAAAUCGAAACUUUAGUUGCA